AUGAAUUCUUUCAACAAUAAAGUCGUCUUAUUUUUUGUUAUUUUCGUUAUUUUAUCGAUUUAUGUCCCAAUAUCUCACGGACAAAAAGGAGUUUCAACCACAACUGAAACUUCUACGGUUGUGCCGACACUCACAGCUACCGUGACUGCUCCAACUUCAAUUGUUACAGAUUCAACUACUGUCACAAGUCCAUCAGUAACAAUAACCACAACAACUCCUGGUGUCACUCCUACAAAUGCUGCUUCUUAUGUGAAAUCUAAUGCUGGUGUUGGUGCAAUUUGUGGUGUUGCAGCAUUAUUUGCUGCUAUUCUUUAA